UCCAAAAAAACUGUUUUUGUUUUUGUUUUGUUUUGUUUUGUUUUUGUUUUUGUUUUUAAUUGGAAAAUACAUUCAUCCAGCGGCUUAUCAUCCUAUACUUUGCUUUCUGAGAACCUGGCAAUCCCAUGUGGACUUCUGGUAGAAUGAGAAAUGCAAAGAGCUGGCUUGGACUCGGCAUGUCCUUGUACCUCUGGGGAUUGAUGGACCUUACAACCACCGUUCUCUCCAGCACCCCAACAUCAAGAGGUGAAUUAGAAACGCUCCUAUCAGAUAAGCCACAGUCACACCAACGAACCAAGAGGAGCUGGGUUUGGAACCAGUUUUUCGUUUUGGAAGAGUAUACUGGAACCGACCCUUUGUAUGUCGGCAAGCUUCAUUCAGAUAUGGACAGGGGAGAUGGCUCCAUCAAAUAUAUUCUCUCAGGAGAAGGCGCAGGCAUCGUGUUUACCAUUGACGACACCACUGGAGACAUCCACGCCAUCCAGAGGCUCGAUCGAGAGGAAAGAGCCCAGUACACUUUAAGGGCUCAAGCUCUGGACAGACGGACGGGCAGGCCAAUGGAGCCAGAGUCAGAGUUCAUCAUCAAAAUCCAAGAUAUCAACGACAAUGAGCCCAAGUUCCUGGAUGGCCCUUAUGUUGCCACUGUGCCAGAAAUGUCACCAGUGGGCACCUCUGUUAUCCAGGUGACAGCCACAGAUGCUGAUGAUCCGACCUACGGCAACAGCGCCCGGGUGGUAUACAGCAUCCUCCAGGGCCAGCCAUAUUUUUCUGUGGACUCCAAAACAGGUGUCAUUAGGACAGCGCUCAUGAACAUGGACAGAGAAGCCAAAGAAUACUAUGAAGUGAUUAUCCAAGCCAAGGACAUGGGAGGGCAGCUUGGAGGGCUGGCUGGGACUACGACAGUCAACAUAACCCUCUCGGAUGUCAAUGAUAACCCACCCCGCUUCCCCCAGAAACACUAUCAGAUGAGUGUGUUAGAAUCGGCUCCAAUUAGCUCCACUGUGGGAAGAGUGUUUGCCAAGGACUUGGAUGAAGGAAUCAAUGCAGAGAUGAAAUACACUAUCAUUGACGGAGAUGGUGCAGACGCCUUUGACAUUAACACAGACCCCAAUUUCCAAGUUGGCAUCAUCACUGUGAAGAAGCCCCUGAGUUUUGAAAGCAAGAAAAGCUAUACCCUAAAGGUGGAGGGAGCAAAUCCUCACCUAGAGAUGCGCUUUCUGAACCUGGGCCCAUUCCAGGACACGACAACUGUGCACAUCAGUGUGGAGGAUGUGGACGAACCCCCUGUAUUUGAACCUGGCUUUUAUUUUGUGGAGGUGCCCGAGGAUGUGGCAAUUGGAACGACCAUACAAAUCAUUUCUGCCAAGGACCCAGAUGUGACCAACAACUCAAUCAGAUACUCCAUUGACAGGAGCAGUGACCCUGGAAGAUUUUUCUAUGUUGACAUUACAACAGGUGCCCUAAUGACCGCAAGACCCCUAGAUCGGGAAGAAUUUUCUUGGCAUAAUAUUACUGUUCUUGCUAUGGAAAUGAACAAUCCCUCCCAGGUUGGAAGUGUCCCUGUCACAAUCAAAGUCUUAGAUGUGAAUGACAAUGCUCCUGAAUUCCCAAGAUUCUAUGAAGCUUUUGUCUGUGAGAAUGCCAAAGCAGGGCAGCUGAUCCAGACAGUGAGUGCAGUGGACCAGGAUGAUCCACACAAUGGCCAGCAUUUCUACUACAGCUUAGCUCCAGAGGCUGCCAACAACCCCAACUUCACUAUCAGGGACAACCAAGACAACACUGCCCGGAUUCUAACCAGGAGAUCUGGCUUCCGGCAGCAAGAACAGAGUCUCUUCUACCUGCCCAUCCUGAUAGCAGACAGUGGACAGCCAGUGCUGAGCAGCACAGGGACGCUGACUAUCCAGGUGUGCAGCUGUGAUGACGAUGGUCACGUUAUGUCCUGCAGCCCCGAGGCCUACAUGCUCCCAGUCAGUUUGAGCAGAGGAGCCCUCAUUGCCAUCUUAGCCUGCAUCUUUGUCCUCUUGGGUGAGUAA